AUAGACAAGUUUACAUCAGUAUUAUGCCGGUGACUAUUAUUUAAUCAAAUUAAUUCGUUAUCUUUUUUUUUUAUCCCACUGAACUUCCUCUGAUCAGAGAUGGGCGGCCUUCACGUAAUUCUACUCUUGAUUUGCAUAAUUCAUCUCUUUGCUAUUAAUGGCGAAGCUGUUACUCCUAGAGAAACACUUGAGAUAAUCAUAGGUGGUGCUGCUGCGUCUCCAUCGCCACCACCGCCGGAAUAUCAAGAUUGCCCCCCUCCACCUCCCCCUCCGUGUUCACCAACACCAACACCAACACCACCACCACCUCCACCUCCACAUCCACCAUCACCAAGUCCACAAUCACCACCUCCACCAUCACCAUCACCAUCACCAACACCAACACCACCUCCACUUCCACUUCCACCAUCACCAAGUCCACAAUCAUCACCAAAACCAACAGAUCCGCCAUCACAUGGGCCAACACCAGAUGGUUUCAGUGGUUUCGAGAGCGAGCUACUACGAGGAUACUAUGACGUCAUCCAAGCCUUCAAAAAGAAAGUGACAAUCGAUCCGACAGGCAUUACGAAAACAUGGGAAGGCAACAAUAUUUGCAGGGAUUACAAAGGGUUCAUUUGCGACAUUGUACCGGAUGUUAUACAAAAGACCAUCUCCGGCGUCAACUUCAACAACAGGAAUUUGUAUGGCCCAAAUCUAACCCUCACUGAAUUCCUAAGCGGUUUAAAAGAUCUCGCAUUUUUCCAUGCAAAUUCCAAUAACUUCACAGGCACCAUACCCACUGAUAUAGGCACACUCCGCUACUUAUAUGAGCUCGACCUCAGUAACAACAAAUUAUCCGGCAACUUCCCAAACCAAGUCCUCCAUGCCACGAAGUUAGAAUUCCUUGACCUCAGGUUCAAUGCCUUUUUUGGCGUUGUUCCUCCACAAGUCUUCCUUCUCGGCCUCGACUUGCUCUUCAUCAACAACAACAAUUUCGAGCAAACACUCCCGGAAAACCUUGGCUCCACGCCGGCGCUUUAUCUAACCCUGGCUAACAACAAAUUCGUCGGUGGAAUCCCUCGGAGCAUUGGUCAAGCCUCCAACACCCUGCUGGAGGUUCUUUUCUUGAACAACCAGCUAACCGGUUGUUUGCCAUAUGAAAUCGGACUUUUGAAUAAAUCCACUGUGUUAGACGUUGGAUUCAACCAGUUAACCGGUCCAAUCCCACACUCGCUUCAGUGCUUAGAGAAAAUGGAGCUUCUGAACUUGGCUAACAAUAAGUUCUACAACGAAGUGCCGGAGCCGUUAUGCAACCUACCGGAACUGUCGAAUUUCACUGCUUCGUAUAAUUAUUUCACUCGGGUUGGGCCCAAGUGUCGGGCACUGAUCAACAAAGGUGUUCUUGAUGUGAAGAUGAACUGCAUUUUCUAUCUACCGAAUCAGAGAUCGAAAGCCGAUUGUGCUAAUUUCUUCUUGAAUCUUCCUUCUUGCGCUUAUGAAAAAUCUUUGACAUUUGUACCUUGCUCCAAAGUGUAUUCUGGUAAUCAGCUGGAGGCGUCCAACGUUCAAUGGGCUACUCCAUCGCCGGCACCGGCUCCUCUAAUGCGAAGUUAUGGUGCACUUUCGCAACAUUAAUCGAUCUUUGAUGUGUAUAAUAAUUAGAUUAAAAUUCGUGAAAGUGACCGAAUCUUGUUAUUUCUUUUUUCAUAAAUAAAAAUAAUUGGUAAUGCUCAUCAAA